CUCACUGAGCCAUACCAAGGAUUUUGUAAAUAAAACUCGUCGAAGUUAAUAUGGAUUAAGUUCUCUAGGAGAUAGAUAUGAUGUCUAAUCAGCGUUUUACGUUAGGGAAAAGGACAUACACAGUCACAUUUAUCCUCUCAUUACUUUUAUUAGUUUGUAUAGUACGGGUAUUUACUGGAAGCAAGAAAGAUACAAAAUACGAUGAUCUUAUAACGACUGGCGGUGCUAUACGACGUUCACUUUCUUUUAGUAUUCCUUCUGACAAAACAACAGUUUGUGAAAGUCAAGAAUGCAAAGACAUUGCAAAAUACGUCAAGAGAUCAAUGAACACUUCAGUAGAUCCUUGCUCUGAUUUUUAUCAAUUUACCUGUGGCGGUUGGAUCAAAAAGCAUCCCAUCCCGAAAACGUCCUCUACUUUUUCGACAUUUGCGAAGCUCAACAGCCAUGUCGAGAAAGCAUUGAGGAAAAUUAUUGAAGACAAAACUGGAAAGCAUGACAAUGAAUACAGUGAAAAGGCCAAAACCUUUUACAAGUCCUGUAUGGAUUUAAAAAGUAUCGAUACACUCGGUGCGCAACCUUUGAUAGAUUUAAUUCGUGACGUUGGUUCAUGUAAGUUAUUUGAUAAUGAACAUUGGGAUGAAAAGAAUUGGGAUUUACAAGAAACCUUGCUGAAAGUUCAGAAAAAAUAUGCAUCCGCUGGGGGUCCAUUGUUCUCCAUUCACGUUAGUAACGACCCUAGGAACAACCAAAAACAUAUUUUGGAGAUAGAUCAGGCUGGUCCCAGUCUAUCGAGAGAAGUCUAUUUUGAUAACAAAAAGAUCAUCAAAGCAUACACAGAAUUUAUAACUGAUGUCGCUGUAGCGUUGGGAGCAAAACAGAAAGAUGCCGAAACACAAGCAAAAGAGCUGGUUGAUUUUGAGAAAAAACUGGCUAAGAUUAGUGUUCCAAGCGCUGAUAAAACAGACACUUGGUUUAAACAAAUGACGAUGAAGGAACUCGGUCAUGAAUUACCACAGUUUCCGUGGAGAAAAUAUGUACAAGAAAUCUUCAGUCAUACAAAUAUUUCUGACGAUGAGCCAGUUAUUGUUCCAGCUCUUCCUUAUCUAAAAAAAUUCGGAGACAUCACUAAACAUACGUCGAAAUCCAUUCUCUCCAACUACGUUGUCUGGAACGUGAUUCAAGACGAGAUUCCGAAUCUUUCCAAGAAAUUUCGUGACAUUCGUAAUAAUUACAAGAACAAAGUGAUGGGAUCUCGUGGUCAAAAAAGAAGAUGGAAAAUAUGUGUUUCGAUGACUGAUGACUUUCUAGGCGAUGUUAUUGGUGAAAUUUAUAGCAGGAAGCAUUUUGAUAAGGAAAAGAAAACUCUAGCGGAAAAAAUGAUAGUAAAUAUACGUGCUGCGUUUCAACAAAAUGUUGAUAGUCUUAAAUGGAUGGAUGAGUCAACAAUUGAUGCCGUGCAAGAUAAAGCCCAUGCAAUGCGUGAUCAGGUUGGCUAUCCCAAUUACUAUGAUGAUAAGAAGAAAUUUAUGAAAAGAUUUAAAAAAUAUCAAAAGGUGAUAUUUAAAGCAAAUACUUUAUUUGCAAACAAGUUGGCGUUAUUAAAGAUGUCACAUCAAAGAAUGUUGAAAAAACUUAGGAAACCUGUGGAUAAAGAGGAGUGGCCGUUAGAUCCACAAACCAUCAACGCUAUGUACAGUUUUAAUGAAAACCAAAUGGUAAUUCCUGCUGGAAUAUUACAACCGCCUUUUUUCCAUGGCGUCAAAGCUCCUAGAGCAAUGGUAUAUGGAGCUAUUGGUGCCAUUCUUGGCCACGAAUUAACACAUGGAUUCGAUAAUACUGGACGAAAAUUCAAUAAACACGGUGAACUAACGAAAAACUGGUGGAGUUCAGAUGCUUUGAAACAUUUUAAAAAAAGAUCUGAUUGCAUUGAAAAACAAUACAGUAAUUAUAAGGUUCGAGGAAAAUAUAAGUUGAAUGGAAAACUCACUUUAGGUGAAAACAUCGCUGACAAUGGUGGUUUCAGAGCUUCGCAAAAAGCGUAUAAAACUUGGUUGAUUGAUCACAAAGAAAAAGUUCUACCUGGGCUGAAGUAUACCAAUGAACAAUUAUUCUAUAUUUCAUUUGCGCAGGCAUAUUGCAGUAAUAGUCGACCAACACAAGAUUACUUGGCAACUCUGACUGAUCCACACUCCGAUGAAACCUUAAGGGUGAAGGGAGUCUUGUCAAAUUCAAAAGAAUUUGCGCGUGCAUUUAAAUGUCCUUUGGGAAGUCCAAUGAAUCCUAAAACAAAAUGCGCAGUUUGGAUCAAUGAUGAUAUAGUCAAAGAUGAAACAAAGACUCAUAAGAAAUUACAACCCAAGAAGAAGAAGGAAAGAGAUGAGAAAAAAUUCAAAGCUGAAAAAACCACUUCUAACAAUGUUAAGGCAGAGGCAGGGAAAGCGAAAAAAAAAAAGGAAAAUAUAUCCGAACAUCCCAAACAAAAGACUAAACACUAAAACUUUAGGAUGUUAAUAUGUUCUUUUUUUGAAUCGCUAUGAUCUUGAGAUCUUGUUUAUAGUUUGUUUAUACUGAUAUCAUUAUUUGCAAAAUACAUAGUAAUAUCAGUAUACAUGUACAUACUAAAGAAAACCGAAUAGACCUUUCUUAUAAUGACGUCAAACGCAGAAAGUCUGAUGAUACACGGAAUUUGAUUGGCUCCACAAAACCACAGUAUAAAGACAUAAUAUAUAGACAGUAUGUCUAUAUACUGUGACAAAACUAUCGAGCUAAUCAAACUUCGUGUAAGAUCAGACUUUCCGCGUUUGGCGACAUUAUGAAAAAGGUCUAUUGCGCUUCAGUCAAGAGGCAAUGCGUUUCGUUGAGUCAGAGUUUCCAUUAGAUGAAUCAUUCCAAUAAUUAGUUUAAACCACUACUUUAUCCAAUUUCGAAAGUCUUGAAAGUAAAUUAGUAAUAAGUACAAGUCUCUUGUUGAAGAGCCGACGCAAAGUAAGUUUAUUUACGGUUAUAUAAUCUUGUUCCACAUUACCCUUUUUGCGUUCCUUCGUGGUUUUUUUAAAAAAGAAAUUUUCAAGCUUUCAACAUUUGAAAAAAAGGUAAAUUAUUGACUGAUGUUUUGUCAACGGAUCUUUUAAUAACGCGGAAAUUAUUUACGAG